UUGUGUUUUAUUUUAUUAAAAUUAAUUUGACAAUUUUUUUUACCUAUACGAGCCACGACUGUAAAUUGGUAAUUUGUUAGCAUAAAAAUAAUUCUAAAUAACAUAAAUAUUAAAUGCUCCAAAUUUUAACACGAACACAGUAUUUUUAGGUAUGAAUAAAACGAUAAAUAAUGAAUAUAGUUCAAUAUUCUAAUUUACUUUAUUAUGCUGUGACUUUUGUUUAUACAUUAAUUGACAUGAAUCUCGAGCUCAUUGUUUUAUCUAUAUCUUUAAUUCAUUGCAAUAUCAUAUCUGUAGAUUGUGGAAUUAGAAGAAAAUUUUACUUAAAUUAUUUUUUUAAAGUAGUAGAUCAUAUGAUUAAUCAAAAUGGAUGGCAGUGUAUGGAAAACUCUAACUUAAUUUAUGAUUCGAUUGCAAAUUCGAAUGCUCCAGUUUUAACGAUGCCAGAACUUGACGACUCUAGUAGAAUAAGUAUUUUCAAUAAUAUUGUUCAAAUUUUAAACUACACAUAUAACAAAAUAUUUUUAAGUUAUAUAGAAUUGUUAAAUAUUGUUGUUGAUAUAUGUUUAAAUUUUUAUGGCGCUGAUUUUAUAGAAGAUUUUUAUAAUUGUUCAUAUUUACUUGAAAAGGCAAUAAAAAAUUCAUUGACAAUGUUUGAAAGUUUAUACAAUGCUAUGACCUUUAUAAGUUAUGUAGACUUAAACUUAAAAUACUAUAAACUUACCUCGUUCUAUUUACUAAGUAACCCAUUUGCCACAGUAGACAACUUUUAUGAGGUAAAAAAUCACAAAUAUUUUAAACAAAUUCAGAACGAAUUUCUUAAUAUUCAAACAUUUCUCGAUAGUAAAGAGUUCAUUGAUGAUAUAUCUAAAAUAACAAAUCAAUUUUUCGAGAAGAAUAAAUGUAUAGUAAAUAAUAGUGAGAAAGUUAAUUCUAAAACUAUAUAUGAAACGGAAUAUUUGUCACAAACCAAUGAAUUUCCAAAUUUCCUUUCUUAUGUGUGUCAUAAGGUUAAUUUGUUUUGCACUGAAACCAUCAACAAUUAUUACAAGGAUUUAGGAUUAAUUGAGUUGAUAAAUUUAACAAAUAGUAAAUUAAUACCUCCUACAGACAAUAUAAUUAAUCAUGAACUGGGAAUUAUGGCACUCAAUGAUCUUAUUACCGUGGGUAAUUGGGAUUCAUUUAAUCACAUUGAAAUACAAUGUAAUGAUUUAAAAAUAAGUGCCAAACAUGUGAUAAGAGACUUGGCGACAGAUCAUAAUCUUCAACUUAAAAAACAGUACUUUACUCAAAUGGUGAGGUGUAGAUUUUUAGAAGUGCUUAUAAAUUAUAAUGCAUUAUUAUCUGCAUUAAAAGAAAUGUGUACAAAUGAAAUUGGCUCAAACUGUUAUCUGAAAUGUGUAACAUGUCUUUUUAACGCAAUUAAUGAUACAGUAAAAAUGUUCGAUUUUAUGUUGACGAUUAUAGAAAAAUUAAAACUGUCAAAAAUUUGGCAACACAAUAAAUCUUACUCUGAUUUACUUUCAACUCGUGAUUUGAUCUAUAAUUACGUAGUUCAGCUUAAAACUAAUGAUGUAGUACGAUGUACGUUUAUAAACAAUAAUGAAGUAAAUAUUAACACAAUAGCUGCUGAUUAUAUUAACAUUUUUGAAUUUGCGAGAAACCACUUUAUCAGUAUGCUACAUAUUUUUAAACACCCAAAAAACAAUCGCUGUUAUUUAAAAGGCUUAAAAAUGACUAGGAAAGAACUAAUAAUUAAAUUUAAAGAUUAUGCAAAUAAUUUAAAUGAAAAGUUAAAUGAGACAUGUGUUACCGAUUAUGAACUAAUUACAAGAUACUUUUAUGAUUUUUAUAAAAAUUUUAUUAAAACAGAUUAUGAAGAUACAGGUUUUGAUAAAAUAUGUCAAAAUUAUUUUUGGAAAUGGACAUAGUCCGUUUUGUAUAUCAAAGCAAAGUAUAACAUUUAUGUGAUCGAAACACUCGUUUUAUGUCUAAUUAGAAUUAUUCUGAUAUUGUAGUUGGACCUCUUUUAUCAAAAUAAAAUCAAUAUAAUAUAAUUUUAAUUAUAUUAUACUAUAUUAUAUUAUAAAUAUAAUUUUUGAUUUAAAAAAUCUUAAUAUAUAUUUUUGUUAAAAAUGCAAACGGUUUAAAAUUUUUAUAUAAUAAAAUCAUUUUCAAGAAUAGGUAAAUCUUAACAACGAUGACAUCGUUACUUAAGGUUUCUUAAUUCUAUAAUAUGAAGAAACUUAAGAAAAUAAACAUUUUGAAAACAUAAUAUACAAUUUCAAAAAAAUCUCAAAGAUCAAAAAUAUUUAAAUUGUCCUUUUUUUAACUACAGUUGGUUUUAUUUAAAAUCGAUAAGAUUACGGACAGAUAUUUCCUUCGUGUUUAUGAUCUUUGAACAAGUAAUAUUUACCAUAAAGAUGUUUGUAACGCAAUAAAAGUCACGAAUAUAUAAUUUAAUUACAAUUAUUGUAGUUUAAUACUAUUCGUGCAAUUUUUUAGCUUCGAUGCAAAGCUGAGAAGGUAUUGGUUUUACUACGAUGUGUUUUAUUUUUUUUGUGUCUGUUGCCAUUUUUUUCAGCUCUCACUUGAUCAAAUAAAAAAUAUAUAAAAUGAUAGGUAAAGACAUGAUGCAUCUAUAACUUCAAAUUAACUUUAUUAUGAAAAAAAAAAUUACGGACUUUAUUUUGUUUUCACGGUGAAAAUGGCUACCGAAUGGUAUUUUUGUGUGAAAAUACUCGAUUUUAUUUUUUACGUUUUUAACUUUAUAAUGUUAUAACUUUUUGAAAAGUGUAUGGAUCAACACAAUUUUUUUAUGAGAAAUAAUAUUUAUAUCCCUUUUUCAUUUGACAUACUUUAUCUUAAUCACAAUAAAAAUAAGGAAAUAACAGAUCAUGUAAUUUUUGGAAUAAUCCACCAAUUUUUUAAUAUUAAACACUAUCUAAAGAUUUGCAUCGAAGCGUUUUUUAUGAUAGUGAUUUUAAUCACUGUCAGAUAUCAUCUAUACAUAUACCAACUAUGCCAUGUCCAUACUGUGCCGCGACUUCACUGUGCUACCGUUUCUUGGAAUGUGUUCUCCUUUUUUAUUUAAUGCUUGCACCAUUUUAAUUUUUGCAUCUGUCGAUAAAUCAUUGUCAAAAAAUGAUAAUCCAACAAUUAUUUCAUUGAAGUACCAGAAAUGCCCAAAAAAAGCUUUUAUCGCUACCUCACUUACAUAAUAAUUAGUAUUAUUAUUUUUGAAAGCUCUUACAACGGGCCAUUUCCUAAUCGACCAGCUGUUAGUUUCACUGCUUGAGAAUGAUUUCAAUCAUAUAACCAUCAAUCGGCUCAUUCGUUGGCAUUUAUUAUGGCAACUCAACCAGUCAUUUUGGAAGAGGUGGACCCGUGAAUAUUUCACGACACUACAGGUAUGUCAAAAAUGGAACAUCAAGGAACCCAACAUCAAAGUCAACGGCUUAGUUAUUGUAGAAGCUCCAAACAGACCUUCGACGGAUUAGCGUACGGGACGUGUAGUCGCAGUACACCCAGGUCUCAGUUGCCGUACAAGUGAAGGCGAACUCAAACGGUCUGUUGUAAAAAUUACCAAACUACCUGUCGACAAUUGAAAUCAUUGCUCCUGUUAUUUCCUUUAUGCCUUUUAUGUUACUAAUUUUUUUUUACUAUCGCAGAUUGCCAAAUAAAUAUGUAUAUUUACUCUCCUCUAGACUUUCCAUUUUAAAUUACUAAUAUGUUUUUGUUAUUAUUAUUAUUAUUAUUAUUUCUUUCUUGUAAAUUUUGGAAGAAUUCAUCUUCCAACGCCGGGAGUAUGUUGGAUAUACAUCGGCCGAAUAUGAAAAAUUGUGUUGUGAUUAUUCAUGUUAUCGUUGAGUUGUUGUCGGUCUUCUCUAUAUGUCUGCAUUAUCGCCGUCAUCUUAACGCUUAAAGAAGAGCAAUAACGCUGUUAUUGCUCUUCUUUCCGUGUCUGCAUAGACGCCGCCAUUUUAGUGCAUUUUAGCUAUAAGCUCUAUAGCGUUUGCGAGCUAGUAGUUUUGUAUUUGUUUUGUUGUAAAAGUAAAAUAUCACCUUUGCGAUUAUCGCACCCUUUGCGCUCAUUAUAUCGCCGUUGGGUCUAUAUAUUUUUUAAGAUACAUCACAGUACCAUUCACAGCAUAUUGCACACGUUGGUAAGCUACUAGCAUUCGACUUCAAUUUCAAUAUUCAACAUUAUCAUCAGCCCUGUUUCAAUUAUCCGAUAAAUAUAAUACUUCUUCAUCUUCUUUAUAAGACUUACUCACUUGUAUAAUUUAUUAUUUGUUUAUAUCAGCGCCUUUGUGGCAUUAGUAUUAAGUGCCCUCCCCCAUCCACAUUAGCGUAUAUAAGAUUUUAUAUUUUUUGUAUAAUACAUUUAAUUGUUAUAAUUAUAUAUUGUAAAAUUCAUUCUACAUUCAAACAUACAGUCCACUCACCUUAUUCAUUAUCUUCGACAUAUCCAAAGACUUAGAACAAAAUAAAAUCACGAACGUUAACGAACCCGCCUGAAUACCACCGGGCGCUACGUUCAUACAACUCUAUUGCCUUAGUUCUCGUAGUAGUUAAGGUCAUUAUUUAGUGCUUUUGUUGGAUAUGAACUUUCGAACCAAUAUCUUAUAUACAUUUUUAAAACUAAUUUUUACUUAAUUACCUAAUUUUUUCUAUGGCAUUCUAAUAUUUUUAUAUACUUUUUCACAUAUUUAUAUGAAUCAUGUAUUUAUACGUUCAUAGUAUGUAUUAAAAUUUAUUAAAAAGGUUAUUUCUAACCUUUGAUAUUAUUAAAUAAUUAUUCAUUUAUUUUAGUCAUGCAAAAAUGAAGGUGACUAAUGUGGUAUUAUGUUUGAUAGUAAUGACUUUGUUAAAGUGAUAACAUUAACUAUAAUUGGUUAAAUUUGGUGUUUGGUAAUAAUAUAAAUCAUGAUUAAUUAGCUUAAAAGGAAAAAACAGAAAAUUGGAUAGUACCUGAAAUCCAACCCAAAAAUGAGUUUGUCAUA